GUUCAUCUCUAAGGCGGAAUCACUCUUCCGCAAGUCACUAUCCCUGGUCCUUUAUAAUCCUUUCUCAUAUUUUCUCUUUCUUUUUCCAAGUGCUCCAAUGGUUCUGAAUAUACUGCUAUUCUAUAUCUGAAUAUCAAACCAUCUCAGAGUUAAUCUUGAAAACCCCUUUCCGCCCCGAUAACCGCAACUUUUCGGCCGAGGCUUCUCCACAUCUUCGGGCCCGGCCGCUGUGACAAUGAAACCUGCAGGGAAAAGGCAAGAGAUUGAUGAUGAAAAGAUCGAUAUUGAGCGAGAAGAGGACGGCCAACGUCCGGGAACUGCUGCAUCAAGUUCCAUUAAAUCAGAACAUGAUGUUCAAGAUACCAUUGAGCCAGUCGUGCUCGGUGAGCCCCUGGGACAUAUAGAUACUCGACGAUCUACCAAGCGUGCCCAGUCCAGAGCGUCGUCUGCACGAUCGAGAGCUCUUUCUGUUGUUCCGAGGUCGAAAAGGCGUGGUCUUUUUGCAAAACUGACAUUGGUGCCUGAGAUUGCGUAUCCUCCUGAUUACAAGAACUCGACGAAAUGGUUUCUCACCGGCAUCAUAGCAUUGGCCACAGCUGCUGCACCUUUAGGCUCGACUAUUGUCUAUCCUGCACUUCCCGUGUUGGUGAAAGAGUUCAACACUUCUGAGACUGUCACCAACCUGUCAGUCGCCCUGUAUAUGAUAUCCAUGGCCAUCUUCCCCCUAUGGUGGUCCUCGUUCUCUGAAGAGUUUGGCCGUCGCUCUAUAUAUCUCAUCUCUUUCGCACUCUUCCUCAUAUUCUCCGUCCUCUCUGCCAUUAGCAAGAAUAUCACCAUGCUUAUCGUCUUCCGCAUGUGCGCCGGUGGCGCUUCCGCAAGUGCUCACUCGACAGGUGCAGGCUCAAUCGCUGAUCUGUUUGAGGUGUUUGAGCGUGGCAAAGCUAUGAGUCUAUUCUAUCUUGGUCCAUUGUUAGGGCCUCUGAUAGCCCCUAUCGUUGGUGGUGCGUUGACUCAGGAGAUUGGAUGGCAAGCGACUAUGUGGUUUCUCGCUAUAUACGGUCUCGUUGUCCUCUUGAUGAUUCUCUUCUUCCUCCCUGAGACGUUGCAACGUAAGCCUGAGGCUACGUUGCCUACUGCAGAGACUCAGGGACUCAGUCGAAUGCGCACUAUGGACUCGGCCAAGGUCAAGACCAAAAACUUCGCCAAAUCUGCUCGACAUUUCCUCAUUGAUCCUUUAGGAGUUCUCCUCUACCUACGGUUUCCGCCCGUUCUCAUCACCGUGCUUCUUGCUGCCAUUGCUUUUGGUUCUCUCUACGUUGUCAAUAUUGCUAUCCAGCAGAAGUUUUCCCGUGACCCAUACAACUUCGGCCAGCUUUCCAUUGGUCUCAUGUACAUCCCCUCCGGUUUGGGCUACAUCUGUGGAUCGCUGUUUGGUGGGCGCUGGAUCGACAAAAUCAUGGCGAGAGAAGCCCGUAAAGCUGGUCGUUACGAUGAGGACGGGAAGCUGAUAUAUCUUCCGGAAGACCGAAUGAGGGAGAAUGCCUGGGUAAUGACGACCAUUUAUCCUCUGGCACUACUCAUGUUUGGCUGGGUGCUUCGUUACGGUUUGCACCCUGUAGUACCAUGUCUCGCCCUAUUCUUCUUUGGAAUCUCAUCCAUGCUUGUCUUUUCAGUGGCUACCACCAUGCUCACAGAGCUAAUCCGUAAGCGCAGUUCCUCAGGCGUUGCCAUCAAUAACUUUGUUCGCAACACGCUUAGUUGUAUCGGCGCCAUUGUUGCUGCUCCAUGGAUUAACGCCAUUAACGUUGGAUGGGUUUUUACAAUUCUCUGUAUAUGCUGUCUCAUUAUUAGUUACGUUAGCAUCAUCCUGCUGAGGAAGAACGCCACGAAGUGGAGGAAAACUAUGGAUGAAGCACUGGCCCAGUGAAGAUCGCGGCCAAGGGGUAGAAAAUAAUGCAGUCACGAUAAGUCGAUGUGUGGAACUAUGUAUUUCAUAUACAAUCAAGCAAAUAAGAACGAAAACAAUCACAUUUCAUAUUCCAGACUGCGUCU